ACCUACUGCACGUGCUCGAAGCUCCAUGAACUAUAUAUAGGAAUAGUGUAGCCGGCUCACGCGACAGUGCAUAGAGAACAAGCGUGGCGUUCGCAUCGUUCACGUAACCUCAUAUCAAGCUUCUCAGUGAUUUUAAAAAAUAAAAAUGAGACGAGGUGUAACAUUGAUUCCAAGAUUGUUUUCCCACUGGUGGGAAACGUUGGAGCAACCACAUCGGUUGAUGAACCAACACUUCGGCAGAGCGUUACGACCGGAACAGUUCUUCAAUUCGGUAUUCGAUAGAUCACCAUUUCGCAUGUCCCCGAUGCAAUAUGCAUUUCAACCUUGGUUAGAGUGGGAACGCGAAGAAAAGGCUGGAUGGUCGAUAUUAAAGGACGAUAAAGACAAAUUUAAAAUCAUUCUCGACGUGCAACAGUUCAAACCUGAAGAGGUUAACGUAAAAGUCGUCGACAAUUAUAUCGUCGUAGAAGGAAAACAUGAAGAAAAGGAAGACGACCACGGUAUGAUUUCGAGACACUUCGUCAGGAAGUACUUAGUUCCCGAUCAAUGCGAUCCUGAAAAGGCGACGAGCAGUUUGUCCUCAGAUGGUGUUUUGACAAUAGUUGCACCAAGGAAGCCGGAAGCCAUUGAAAACAAAAAAGAAAGGGUUAUUAAAAUUGAACGCACGGAAAAGCCAUCAGAAGAAGAGGAACCUCAGAAAUUAAGACAAGCUCAAAGCCAAUAGAAAUUUGUUGACUGUUUUUUUACUUAUGUGUUUAGUAUAUUUAUCAGUCUUUCAUCUGUGUUCCUUCAUUUAGUGUAUAGAUACAUGUAUAAAUAAUUUUUAC